AUGACACUCUUUUCUUCCCUAACCCCAGUCUUUAUAGCCAUUAUAUGUAUUUUGAUUGGGGUAAUACUGAAGACUAACAAAGAGAAGGAAAAACAUGAGACUAAAAGCAAGCCUGUCUCUCAUCCGUGGGUGGAUGAAGAUUUAAAAGAUGGUACUGGCCACCACUUAGAGGAAGAAGAGAUGGAUGGAGAGUGGCAAGGACUUGAGGAAAAUGUUGCCCAUGUCCCCUUCUCUGUGGAGCACUACACUGAGGCUGAAAUGAUUAAAAGGUCGAAGAUGUUUUAUGAGCUUCUUAAUAAGAGGCGGUCUGUCAGGUUUCUUAGUGAUGAGCCGGUCCCCAGGGAGGUUAUCGAUAAUGUCAUCAGAACAGCAGGUACUUCACCCAGUGGAGCACACACUGAGCCCUGGACCUUUGUGGUAGUGCAAGAUCCAUAUUUAAAGCAUAAGAUUCGUGAAAUUGUAGAAGAAGAAGAAGAAAUCAACUACAAAAAAAGGAUGGGAGACAGAUGGGUUAAUGACCUGAAAAGACUGAGGACAAACUGGAUCAAAGAGUACUUGGACACUGCUCCAUAUCUGAUCCUCAUUUUCAAGCAGGUGUAUGGGUUGCUUCCCAAUGGCAAAAAGAAGACUCACUACUACAAUGAAAUCAGUGUCUCUAUUGCCUGUGGUAUCCUUCUUGCUGCACUGCAGAACGUGGGUCUGUACACAGUGACCUCCACACCCCUCAACUGUGGUCCCCAACUCCGGGUGCUGCUCCAGCGCCCGGCAAACGAGAAGCUACUCUUGUUGCUCCCUGUUGGCUAUCCCAAGAAAGAUGCUACUGUGCCUGCGCUGACCCGAAAGCCACUGGAGGACAUCAUGGUAGUCAUGUGA